AUGAAUUGUUCACGUAUUCACGGAAACUGUACUACAUGUAUGGGCCAGUCAUUGGAUUCUCUGCGUUUGAUUUGUGUUUCGUCAACAUAUACAACCCUGAAGAUAUCGAGGUUCAAUCUAAAAUAUAGUAUAAAAAUUGCUGUUCUAAGUAUCUAUAUUCAUAUCUAUUAUUAUAAAAUUUUCACUUUGGUACAACACAAAAACUACAGAGUCAACAUUUUACCAACUAUUAAAGUAUCUACGAAUACAUCGUACUUAAUCCGAUGCGCAGAAAAUAUAAUUAUUUUCUUAACGUCUUAAUAGACGUUAUGGGACCUGUUAAGUACUUACUAGUUAUUAUUCUGUGCCUGUGCGCACCCGCACUCGUACCUGCACCUAACUUCCGAACCGCCAUUAAGUUUAAAUCGAACUGUACCAUUCGUUUUGUUUCAUUAAGGUGUCAUACUUCUACUUUUAAAUACUUAGGAUGUAAGAUAAUAUUAUCAAAUACGAAAUACAAUGAGAAGCAACAACCUUAUACGUUUCUGAAACCGUGGCUCUGCGAGGGUUUACUUACUAGCAACGGUUCAAAAUGGCAUCAGCGAAGGAAGAUGUUAACACAAGCGUUUCAUUUCAAUAUACUGAAGAAAUAUGCUAGAACCUUCGAGGAGAAAGCUGAUGCGUUUCUAGAGAAGGUCCAGGCUGAAGUUGAUAAUGAACAAACAGAUUUGGUCUCACUUAUAACCAGGACGACUCUUCAGAUAAUGUGCGAAACCACUAUGGGUUCAUCAAUGAAAGCUGGUAUUGAGACAGUAACGGAAAAGUACUUCAAAUCGAUUCACGCCUUUGGCUCGACCACUGUACAAAGAUUCUGCCGAAUUUGGAUGUUUUUCGAGUGGUCCUUUAAUUUGUCGGAAGCGGCUAAAAUUCAAAAUAAAUUGUUGAAAAAUUUACACGAAUUUACGACGCAAAUUAUACGUGAAAGAAAGGCUUAUAUGGAAACGAAUCCGUUGGACGAUAGUUUUGAUAUUGAUACUGAGACAAGUAAAAAGGGACGAUUGGCCAUGUUGGAUUUGCUAUUAAAAAACGAAAGUGAUGGAAAUAUUGAUAUAGAUGGUAUUCGAGAAGAAGUGGACACGUUUUUAUUUGAGGGACACGAUACCACGGCGAUGGCGAUAAGUUACAUGAUAAUGCAAUUAGCCAAUGACAUACGUGUUCAGAAUAAAUUAUACGCGGAAAUGGAAACUAUAUUCCACAACUCUACACGUCCACCCACAGUAGACGAUUUAGCUGAAAUGAAGUAUCUAGACUGCAUCAUCAAGGAGACAUUACGAUUAUACCCCAGUGUCGUAAUGAUCAGCAGACAUAUUAGAGAGAAUUUGACGUUACCCAGCGGUUUCACCGUACCAGGAAAUACAACGAUCAAUAUUCACAUUUACGAUGUCCAUCGUCGGGCAGAUUUGUAUCCAGAGCCUGAGAAGUUUAUCCCAGAGAGAUUUCUUCCUGAAAACAGUGAGAAACGGAAUCCGUUCGCUUUUAUACCAUUCAGUGCUGGACCGAGGAAUUGUAUAGGUCAAAAAUUUGCAGUAUUGGAAAUGAAGGCCCUGCUAUCUGGUCUGGUUAGACGAUUUCACAUUGAGGCAGUGACUAAAGCAGAGGAUAUUCAAUAUAAAUGUGACCUAGUAUUACGACCAGUUGAUCCUAUUUACGUACGAUUUAGGAAUAGGAAUAAGUCUUUAUAAUUUAGUUUUAAAAAUAGAAAUUUUAAUUUAUGUUGAAAAUUGAAAUAAACAGGAAGUUCUAUGGAUUAUUGGUA